GUCUUUCCACAUGCAGUGACAUUGCUGUGUUCAUAGAGUUGACUUCGGACCACGUAUUCACUUCUCUCUCUCUCGAGAAGCGGAUAUAACCAGUAUUCUUCAACCUCUAACUGUAUCGCAAAAUAAACGCUCACUACACAAGGCCUAGUGGUGUACCUCCCUCCUUUGCUGUUCCAAACAGCUCGCCUUGCAUCAAUGCAUGAGGAAGAUCCUAUGUCGGCAAACGAUACUGUAGUGGAAUCGAUACCUUUACACGCUCCGCAACCGGCAUGUCCGUCAGUCAGCCCCAUACCUGCGGUCUACAUUGAAAUGGCUGGAACUCCUAGUCCCAGCUCAACCUCUUCUCGUCUCCCUCAAGAUACCUCUCUACUCUCUCCACCUGAACAUCGUCGGUUUGUGUCCAAACCUCGCCCGGAGAAACCCCGCAGACCUUCAUCCGCGCCACCUACUGUCAUUAGCUUUGACGGCCAGAUCUGCUCGUUUAACGGGUAUCCGAGCGACCCCCCUCAACGUGACAGGCGUAGCUCCUUUGCUCAGGACAUUCGACCGGGUGAUCUGGUUCGCCCUUCACCAUUACUUUUUCGACCCACCACCUUUUGGCGGAGGCAUCCUCAGUCCGGCGUCCGCGGUGCUUCAUAUUCUCCUUCGGCGCACGUCAUCCGUCGUUCAACCUUCAUUGCCGCAGGACUUUCUUUUGACAAACCGGUCGCAGAUAUCUCUGCUUUCGGUGUAGAGUCGCGUGUUGGCAUUGUCUUCCUUCCAUCAGACAUCAGCCUUUAAACACAAUGCUCCGCUCAUUGCUAAUUUCUCUUCUCUCUAUCUCAUCGGUUCUCGGCGAUACUGCAGAUACUACAGCGCAGUUGAGAAGGCUAGAUGCCCGUGAAAUAGAUAUUAUCCCUACCGAUUUCGACUGGUAUCCAACUACUCCCACUUCCACGUUUCCUCUGGCCGAGGCGACCUCAGUAGUCGCUAUACCAUCCAUGGCUGCUGCUGUUACAGGUGGAGGGACAGAUGCAACGCAAGAUAUGCCAGAUCUUAGCCCCAUCCUUCCUACACCUCCAUUCGACGAUCCAAAUGCCUCCACGACAUCUUCAUUAAUUCGAAUUACUGCUCUGCCUCCAGCAGCAACUUCAACCCGACGAGACUUACGUCCCGUCAGAAAGUCUUUCAAUACACUCUACCUUGCUCCGCUGUUUGCAGUGCUAGGUGUAGCAUUGGGCGCCAUAUGUGCCUGGAUAUUUCUUCAUUGUCGUUCUCGAAGACACGGUGGUCGACGUUACUCCAAUUCAUUUGAACCAGGUCCGGAAUAUCGUAUGCCCUCUUCUCAAGGAGAGACGCGUCAUGCACCUGUCCGGCCAUACCGUCCUCCCGAAGCUACGCCUACCGCCCGACAUGCUAGGCGCGCCUCCAGGGCGUCGGUAGCCGCGGAACGUGGGAUCGUGAAUGAAUCCGCUGGUGGGUGGUUCACGCGGAUGCUGUCCUUACGCAGGACUGCUACUACUCAUACAAACACCGCUUCCGCUCACGACACAGAACUUUCCUUAAUACACGCAACGCAGGGUAACGAGUCAUAUUCCCAUUAUGACGAGUAUGAUCCAUUUCUCGAGGUCCCAUCUGCCACAAGAGGGACAUCUGAAGGAUCAAGUACACUAGCCAACGCUGCACCAAUGAGAUCCCGCUCGCUGCUCACCACGUCUUUCCUUUCUCCCGGCUCUCUUGGGGAUGAGGACAGUUGGGAAGAAGUCCCAUAUGAUACAUUACGUCAUAAAUCAAUUCGUCGCGGUAUUCUUGACAGGUUGAAGAAUGGCACAAUGUAUAGAAAUGGCCAUAAACGGGAAGAUUCCGAUCAUCUUGUCGAAGCAUUACGGGCUUCUGGUGGCCCAUAUUCCCCUUUAGCUCAUGACUCUCCGACCAGAGAUCGAACCCGAGCGAGCAGUACAACUGCGGUCCCGGUGGAGAUCUCCCAAGAGAGAAGUGGUCCGGGUUUUAGGAUUGUUGAGGAUACUGAAGCAGGACUUGGAUCUUACGAGAAUGCAGGUUGGAAAUGGUCGUUACCUUGGACAUCGUCUCAAAAUAGGCUACCAACAGAAGACAAAUUCACAGCGUUACCUUCUAGGAGAAGUAUUGCGGAGAAGCGGAAGAGUCCUUCACCUUCGCCCGUCAAAUCACGCUCUAGACCAUCGGGUGUUGUAGCUGUCUCUGCGAGCGCAGCGCGUCCCACAGGAGCUCCGCGAAUCGAUACAUCUGUUUUACCUUCAAGUCCACCAUUGCUCGUGUCAUCUCCACUAGAGACUGCACUCUUCUUUGGUCCCAUUACAUCCAACAUCGGAGCCGGUAGUCCAACGAAGAGUCCCGGCAGAAGCAGAUCUCGCAAGAAGUCCACAGUUACCUCAAAGGCUAAGAAACGGAAUGAAUCGCAUGUUCCAGAUGAACCAUCUUUGCUUCCCUUCCCUUCGAAUGGCACGGACUCGCCGUAUCGUCAUCGUCUAACCAAGCAAUCACUACCUCCAAGGGACAUGACCCCCGUUGCAUCGCCGGUUACAGCAGCGCACUUGAUGUCACACUCACCACCCUUCAAUGCGAAACAAACUCGAAGUCCAGAUGAACAGUUUGCUAUGCAACAUGGUGCACUAGACAGGGUCGAUGCCAUACUUGCAAGAAGUUGGAGUGAACGCGAACUUAGAGGGGAGGAACGGCCAAGUAGCCCUACUAUGUUCGGAGCCUUGACGGUCCCGGAACAUUCACCACUUGGUCGUAAUUGGGAUCAAGAAAUCCACGCGAUGGGCGGAAUUGAAGAACGGUUGGGCAAGUCCCGGCCGUAAAUCUCUGGGAACAUUCGGAUUCAUUAUGGGGUUUGGUUUGUACUUUGGGUAUCGCGUCGAAUUCGCAUUCUUCCAUACGUCAUCUUCUUGUGUUUCACACUAGUCUUCGGUGUAUCGCUCAAGGAGUUCAGUACACACGAGGCUGCGAAGCUCUCGACAGGAUGCACGAAUGACUACACUUUGGGUGUCAAACAAUGAGCUUCUCAGCCAAGACUAAUAUGUAGUCGUUGGCUGGCAAGUGCUAAAUUAUCUCUGUACCGAUUGGUGCCUACAUUCUAGUUUGACAUGACGAGCCGUUUAUGAAAUGACAAUCCAUCCGUUGCGU